AUGCGCGUGCUAGUGGUCGCGGUGCUAGCGAUGGUGCUGGCGUGUGCCAGCGUGACCGUGGCACAGUUCAACACCCACCAGUGGGCCGAUCGGAGCGGAAUUGUGCACCUGUUCGAGUGGAAGUGGGACGACAUUGCGGUCGAGUGCGAAAAUUUCCUGGCACCGCGUGGUUACGCCGGUGUGCAGGUAUCGCCACCGACCGAGAACGCCAUCAUCGGGGGCAACUUCCGGCGUCCGUGGUGGGAACGGUACCAGCCAAUGUCCUACCAGCUCGUAACGCGCUCCGGCAACGAGGCCCAGUUCGCCAGCAUGGUCCGCCGGUGUAAUGCGGUCGGUGUUCGGAUCUACGUCGAUCUGGUCAUCAACCAUAUGGCCGAUUUGGCGGGUGGUGGCGGCACUGGUGGUAGCACAGCUUCCCGGCCUGACUUCUCCUUCCCCGGUGUACCGUUCAGUCGGCUCGACUUUAAUGCACCGUGCCGGAUCUACAACUACAACGAUGCGAUCGAGGUGCGCAACUGUCAGCUGGGUGGACUGCCCGAUCUGAACCAGGGUAUCCCGUGGGUCCGGGACCGUAUCGUCGAGCUGAUGAACCAUCUGAUUUCGCUCGGUGUGGCCGGAUUCCGGGUGGACGCCGUCAAGCACAUGUGGCCCGGCGAUCUGCAGGCCAUCUACAGCCGGAUGGACAAUCUGCCAACGUCGCACGGAUUCCCGGCCGGUGCACGGCCCUUCCUCACGCAGGAGGUGAUCGAUCUGGGUGGUGAGGCGGUGUCGCGCGAUGAGUACACCCAUCUUGGCACAAUCACCGAGUUCCGGCAUUCGGCCGAGAUUGGGCGGGUGUUCCGUGGACGGAACGCGUUCCGGCAUCUCACCAACUGGGGCACCGGUUGGGGCUUCCUGCCUUCCCAUUUGGCCCUGGUGUUCGUGGACAAUCACGAUAACCAGCGGGGUCACGGUAGCGGUGGUUCGGACAUUCUUACGCACCAAGUACCCCGGAACUACAAAAUGGCGACCGCGUUCAUGUUGGCCCAUCCGUUCGGUAUCGUACGCGUCAUGAGUUCGUUCUCGUUCACGGAUCCGGAAGCGGGACCACCACAGGAUGCGUCGGGCAAUCUGCUGUCGCCCACCUUUAACCCGGACAACAGCUGUGGGCCGGGCUGGGUGUGUGAGCAUCGGUGGCGUCAGAUCUACAACAUGAUUGGCUUCCGGAAUGCCGUCGCCGGUACGCAGAUUAACGACUGGUGGGACAACGGGGGCUUCCAGAUGGCGUUCUGCCGUGGUGACCGUGGUUUCAUUGCGUUCAACCUGGAGUCGUUCGAUCUGAACCAGAACCUCCAGACGUGCCUACCGGCCGGUACCUACUGCGAUGUGAUUUCGGGCGAUCUGGUGAACGGUGCGUGCAGUGGCAACACCAUCACGGUAGGCGGCGACGGACGGGCCCAGAUCGUGCUGCCGGCGAACGCUUACGACGGUGUCCUAGCCAUUCACGCCAACUCGCGUGUCUAAAGUGAUGAUGAACUAGCUUUUAA